AUGUUCGCCUGCGCUCGCAGCCGCAUCGCGGCCUCGUCCGCCUGGACGGCCCCCCGCGUGGUCCGCGCCAGCUACAGCACGACGGUUGCGCGUCUCAGCGAGAACAGAAUGCAAGCCAACGACCCGACUCCGCCGACGAAAGUGCCCAACGUGUCGGCCACCAACGCCACGCCCACAGACGCGAUGGGGAACUGGGAUCUGCCGCUGAAGGAGGAGCCCGAGGCCGGCGAGCGCAACCGGCAGCUGCAGGCGCCUAACCGGGCGCGGACCUGGGCGGCGAGCCAGCAGCCGAGAGAGAAGGCUAUGGUUGGACCGCGAUUCGAGCAGACGAUAAUGGAGUUGCAGCCCCAACCCAUGGCCGCCAUUGAACUCAUCCACCAGCAACCCGUCCGCUGGACAAAGAAGAAGGUCGUCAGCUGUGACGGCGGCGGCGGUCCUCUCGGCCACCCCAAGAUCUUCAUCAACACCGACAAGCCCGAUAUUGCUACCUGCGGAUAUUGCGGACUUCCUUUCGCCCAGGAGCAGCACCGCGCAUACCUCGAAUCUCUCCCGGCCACCAGCUACCCCCUCAAGCCGACCGGCAAUGCGGCGGAAGUGAACGAGACCCAGCGCGUCACCGACGGUGGUCUAGAGCAGCGGUAA